AUGUCCCUGCAGGCCUUGAUAAAAUCUUUGAGUUCCUCCUUUUUUGCUUCGAUAAAGCGCCAGCCAAAAGCAGCAGCAGAAAGCAAAAAGGAGACUGUCUCCUUCUGCAGCUCUACAGUUGCUGCUUCGCAGCAGGCUGCUGCUGCUGCUGCUGUAGCCCCAGCAGCAGCAGUUGCAGCAGCAGCAAAACACAAACACACACGCACGCGUACGCGGGCACAAGCUGCAGCAACAGCAGCAACAAGAGAGGCAGCAGCAGCAGCAAAAACAGCAGCAGCAACAGCAGCAGCAAAAGCAGCAGUAGCAGCAGCAGCAGCACAACAGCCGCCGUUCCGAGCUCCACCGCCUCACCCCCGUUCCCAGCAGCAAAAGCAGCAGCAGCAACACCAGCAGGAGCAGCAACACCAGCAGCAGCACCAGCAACACCAGCAGCAGCGGCAACAGCAGCAGCAGCAGCAACACCACCAGCAGCAGCAGCAGCAGCAGCGGGAGGGUUUACAGAGUUCGGGCUUGAUGGCCCUGAGGGCUUCUUCUGCUGCUGCGUCUCCGGCCUGCAGCCUCUCGAGGGCGUAG